AUGGCAAAGCCGAGGAAACAGCACCAGCAGGCCUCCAAGAAGAAGCUGCAGGUGAAGCAGAAUCAGAAGCAGGCCAAGGCUGGGUCAGCAAAAGCAGAUGCAAAGGGGAGCAGCCAGGGAUCUGAGGCACCAGCUGCCUCGAAGCAGCCAUCUGAGCCUAAUGCCGCGCAGCAGCACAAGCCUGCAGAGACAUCAGGCUCUGACCAUGCCAAUGUCUAUGGCCUGAUCAACCUUGGCAACACCUGCUACUACAAUUCAGCCCUGCAGGCGCUUGUUUCAGUGCCAGCACUGAGGAACUUCUACACCCAGCCGCAGCCACAGAAAGGGCGGCAGCUUGAGAAGGGCUCGAUCGGAGCUGCCCUGCAGGAGGUGGUCCAGACAGUGUAUGGCCACAAAGAGGCCGAACAUGCACACACCACCAAAGGAGCAAGGGUCUCGCGGCGGGAGGGGACCCCUCUGUUCAGCCCAAGCCGCUUGCGCGCUGCUGUGAUCAGAAUCGCCCCCCAAUUCAAGGAGCGAACUGAGGACGCGUUGGUCCCAACCAGCUUCACAGAGGAGCUGUUCAGGGGAGAGCUGUCAUCGCGGGUGGUGUGCAAGGAGUGCAGCCACGAGACAGUCACCCUGGAGGAGUUCUUUGACCUUUCCCUGCCAAUCCCUGCCAGCCUGCCCGCCAUAUCAGAGGCUGGUGGGAGGGGCAAGCCAAAAGGGAAGGGCCCUCAAAAGAAAGGGAAGGCAAGCAUUGAGAAGCCAGACGAGAGCCCAGCAGCACAAGAGCAGCAGAAGCUCACUGCCAAGCAGCGCAAGAAGGCAGAGAAAGAAGCGCACAAGCAGGCCCAGAUGGCUCGCAAGAAGCAGCGGAAGCGAGCCUCCGACGCCAACGACGAGGAGGAGGCGCUCCCAGACAGCACACCACCGGGCCUGGACCAAGCAUCCCCUUCCACCGCUGCCGCAGCCUCGGAACCCCUUUCUUCAUCCGCGCAGUCUUCCUCCUCUGACUUCACAAUCCCAGAGGCAGCGCAGCAAGGGUCGGCCGAGGGACCAGCAGCAGGCGGCGGCCAAAAGCUGCGCGGCGGCGUUGGCUCGGCCGCGGGAUCGGCCGGGCGUGCCGCGGCCAUGAGCGGCGCCGCGCAGCCGGCAUCCAGCAGGGGGAGUGCGCAGACCCGGAUACCCAGCAGCGCGCCCCCGCUCUCAGAGACCAGCACAGAAGUCCCCACGGACAGCGAUGGGACCGCCCAUGGGCGCGCCGACGGCGAGCUCGCGUCCUCUGCCGUUUCCCCGAGCCGGGACAGCCCGUCCUUCCCCAUGCCAGAGGAGGUGCCCACGACAACCUCCGACACAUACACGUCCAGGAAUGCAGACAGCAUCAGCAUCAUGGCAGCAGAGCAGACUGGGUUCCGCGCGGGCGGCUCGGCCGCGGCCGGGAGAGGCACAGCCGAGGGAGGGAAUGUGCGGGAGCAUGAACAGGCGUCAAGCGGCAGCGUGAAGAUGCUGUCGGAGCAGCUGCGAUCCGCCAGCCUUGCGCCCGACGCCAAAAGCGGCAACUGGCCGACCGAGCGCUCGGCCGCCGCCGCUGGGCCGGACAGCUCCGUGGACGCGUUAUGGAAUGUCCUGGAAGACCUGGACAGGGCUGACAGCACGCGCUCAGGCGAGCGAGAUCUGCCCGCGCUGGAAUCGUCUCACCCAACGGAGGAGCAGAUCGCCGAGACAGACCCAACUGGCGAGCUGGCAGGCGGCACGCCCGCGGGCAAAGGGAGCAAGCCGGAGCCGGCGGCUGCGAAGAACUGCGUCAGGAUCGCAGCGACGACAGUUGUGGAGGUCUUGCUGCAGCCCUCCGCGGUGUUCAGGGCGACCGGGAAAGCGCAGGAUUUCGCGCACGACGUCCCAGAGGCCGGGUCCAAGGACGGCCUGAUCGCGGUGCCGGUGUCGCCCGGCCCCGAGCUGCAGCCGCGCCUGUCAGGGUCCGGCCUGCCAGAGGCGUUCCCUGCAGCAUACACUCCUGCAGCAGCAGAUGAGCGGCCGGCAGACGGGGAGGUCACCAGCAAGGAUGGCAGGGAGCAGGGGAUGAGUGCGGGGGCUGAGCGGCUGACAAAUAGCGUGCCAGCUGGCGAGGAUGCCGCUGACGUGGAGCAGCAGUUGGGCGUGGGGCUGACGAGUGAUGAGGAGGCGGCACUCUAUAGUGACCUGGAAGAUCUGCAGGAGGACACGGGCGUUUUGGGUGAUGUCAGCGACACGGAAGCUGACGUCAGCGACGAGAAACAGGAGCGAACGAGGGCGGCUGAUGUGGACACCUCUGGUCAGGGCACUGACGAGCCUGAAGAAGCCGGUGAGGAGAUGACUGAGCUGUGCAGCCUGUUCGACGAGGGUGAGCCCAGUGGCUCAGCUGGCAAUGAAGGGACAGAGUCUUGGGAGGACACUGCAGACCAGGAGCACGUCAGCCAGGAAGCCACCAUCCAGGGCUGCCUGGCGGCGUUCUUUGCGAGGGAGCUGAUCACGUGGGAGUGCCCCCCUGAGAGCGCUGCGGCCAGCAAGCAGCGCAGUGAGGAGCAGGCCCUGGCGAGUGCCUCCCUGGACGGCACUCCUCAGCCCCUCAAACGGCGCAGCGUUUCAUUCUCGGAGGAGAAGCCUCGGAUAAAAUUCAUUCCCGGCAGUGCGGAGCAGCGCGGCACAAACUUUGUGCGCGCGCUUCAGGGGGACCGGCCCUUCUGCCGGCCCCUGAAGCACAAGGGCGGCUGCUUCCUGCUCAACGCCUACGUGGACAAUGGUCAGGAUGAGAAUGAUGCGACCCAGCUGCCGCUGCGGGACGUGCAUGCCAUCAAUAACCGCAUCGAGUUUGGCUCCGUGCCCAUCUCCCCUGUCGAGGACCCGCAGGACGAGGAGGAGCAGAGUCGCGUGCGCAGCCAGGCGCAGGCGCUGCUGGACUGUGUGGCCGACCUGGUGGUGCACAGCGGCCUGCAGGGGGCAGUCGCGCUGCUAAGCGAGGGGGCACAGCUGCAGCGCGUUCCUUCUGGCAUGGGCAGUGCGGGCGGCGUGGGCAGCCCGCACUCCGGCAGCGACGGCCUCUCGCGCAUGGGCAGCGAGACCUGGCGCAUCGUCGGCAGCAUGCCUCCCGGCUUCGGCGAGGGGGCCUGGGAGUAUCCCCCGCCGCGCGACGACGCGCAGGGGCUGUCGCCCAGCUUCCGCUCACCCUCGACCGACGUCUACGUCCCCGCCUAUCCCUCAGACAAGAGCGCCAGGCCGGGUGCACUGGGAGCGAAUCCAGGCUCCUCCCAGCUGCCAGCCUCCUUCUGGGCGCGGUUUGCUGCCAGCCAGGAACCCAUCAUGGAGGCGGCCCGGGAGGGGUCAAUCGACACCGACUCGCAACUCAGCGGAGAGAUGAACCUGCCCCUCACCCCCCACAACUCCCUCAACGACGACGCAGCGCGCGUGCAGAAAGGCGGCGGCAGCGCCGAUGCGGCGGUCGGGAAUGACAGCUCGCGCCGGCCGCCGCGCGCGGAGGACGGCGGCGCUGCGGCCGGCCGGCGGCGGGCGAAGAAGCCGCCGCCGCCGGCGCUAGAGACGCGCAACUCAUUCACGAUCACGGCGGAGGUGCCAGUGUCGCCGUUCAGCAACGACCCCGAGGGGCGGCUGCUGUCAAACGGGUGGGAGCCAUCAUGGCCGGUGCAGCUGCCGGCAGGGGAGCGCGACAGCUCCGAGGCCUACUGCCGCAUCUUCUGCAGCGACAAGGGCCGCAAGAGCGCGCGCCCGCUCAGCCUUCGCAGCGACUCCGGCGCCUCCACCGCCGCCGACAGCCCCUUCGGCCGCGCAGUCAGCGGCCGCGGCUACAUAGCCGAUUCGGACGAGGACCCAGACUGCGACAGCAUGUGCCGCGCUAAUUGCCAGGACUCCUCCAGCACCGGUUUUGGCGGCUCCAGCCCCUUUGCCAGCUCCAAGCCAAGCUUCCUGGAGAGGCGGCACAGCGAGCGGAGCCCCUUUGAUGACGAUGCAGAGACUUCCAAUAGUCUCGGCAGGCGGCACAGCAACCGGGCGCCCUUCACCGACCCUGCCGAGGACCCCGGCGACCUCGGGGGAAUGGGUCUCUUCACCAGGAGGGACAGCCAGAUGGGCUUCCCGGGCCUGGACGAGGAGUUGUCCAAUGGGGACACCCCAGAGGUGCCGUCUGCUUCGCCUAGCCUCUCCAGCCCGUUCACCGGCCGCAGCGCAGCCCCCUCCCCCUUUGCCGACCCCGACGUGCAGCUCAAGGGCAGCGGCAGCCUCUCACAAGAAGCCUCGCCAGCGCCCAGCCGCAGCAGCAGCACCAGCCCCUUUGCAGCGCAGCAGCACAGCAGCGCGAACGGGGACGCCCCGGGACAGAACGGCCCGGCAGCUGCGGCGCGCUGGGCCGUCCCGAACGGCAUGCACGGGAACGGUGCGGCCAACGGCGGCGAUCCCGAGCGGUCGGCAUUGGGCAGGAGCAGCGCUGACUCAGCCAUCACGCCGCCCACGGGGGUGAACAAGGCGACGGGGAACGCCGUCUUCUGGGCCGGCUCCAAGACCCACGGUAUCUCCUUCGUGGACGAACCGCAGGACGCUGCCCCAAAGCACGGCUUGGCUCGCUUCCCCAACGGCGACAUGCGGCUCCCCGGCGGCGCAGAAGCAAAGGAGUCUCCCGCUGAUGGGGACGAGCCAAGCCAAGCAGAGCUUGGCGCAAACGAUCUGCUGGCGGAUGACGCAGAAGCAUCCAGUGGCGUCGUGGCAGCACCUGCAGCCAGCGCAGCCACUGGCGCCGAACAGGGGACCAGCUCUGUGGAUUCCGCGCAGGAGCCAGCCGCCGAGGCUGCCCUUGCAGGUCUCGCUACGUCGGCAGGGGCAGACGAUGCAUCCAGCCAUGGGCAGGCAGAGGGUGUGGAAGCUGAUGUAGAAGCAAAGGGCGCAGCGGAAAGCGACGCAGUGGACAGCGAGGAGGUGGGUAUUGGCGCAGAGAGGAAGGCGCAGUCGCUGCCGUCUCCGCAGCAGGUGCCGGGGGCGGGCGGCCGCGCCGCGGCCGUGUCUGGCCGGGCACUGCGCAGGACCGUCAGCAAGAGCAUCCUGCGCAAGUCCACGAAGAUCUCUGUGCAGCGGGAAGCCGUCAAGGGCUACCUCAUACACAGGGCGCCGGAGGUGCUGACGCUGCACCUGAAGCGCUUCCAGCAGGACAUGCGCGGCCGCCUGGCCAAGAUCAAAGGCCGAGUCCCCUUCCCCGCCGACCUCGAUAUCACGCCCUUCUGCGACCCCAAGGGCAAGGAUGCGGCGGGUGCGCAGUACACGCUUGUGGGAGUGGUGGAGCAGCAGGGCGGCAUGAGCAGCGGCCACUACUGGGCCUACGUGGCACGCAUGCCCACCGACAGCGCACCACCGCCACCGCAGCCGCACCCGCGCCAAGACAGCUUUGACGGGGAUGACGCGGUGCCGCUUGCGCCGGCACAUAAGGCCGGCUGCAGCGCCAAACCUGGCUCCGGCGCCAAGUCAGCCUUCGGCGCCAAAACUGGCUUGAGCGGAGGCAACGCGCCCAAACCGGCCGUCCCGCUCACGGCAGCUGCCGCGGGAACGCCGACCGCGCGGUCCGCCACCGGAAAAGGCGGCUCCAGCGGAGAUGCACCGCGCGCGGAAGCAGAGUGCAAUCCGCGGCUGGCUGGCAGCCGGCCCAAGCUGGACUCUGCACGGCUGCAGUGGUUCCACGCGAGCGACGAGAAAGUGAAGCCUGUGUCGUGGGACGCUGUGGCGGCCUGUGAGGCGUACCUCCUCCUGUAUGUGCGCGUGCGCUAA